UCGACGUCUCGGCAAGGUGUCUUCCAACAUUCAGAAAGCGGGGCAUCCGGCGGCCGCAUCGGCAUCGUCCCCCAUCCGUCCACUCUCGCCCGCCGUUUCGCAGCCACAUCGCCGUCACUCUAAGAUGAGGCCCACCUCUAAGCUACGAUCGAUAGUUACCUGGAUAGUCAUCAUCUUCAGCUUACACUUGCGCUCACAACGACCUGAGUGACCUCGACAUCAUAUCCUGAGCGUUUCGACAGAACCCGCGCAUUCUAAAAUGACCUCCAACUCUUCGCCCAACCCUACUGAAUUCACCUAUCGCAAUGGCGACUUUGAGCUUACGGCCGACUACUAUGUCCCGGACGUCUCGCAGACUGAGCAGUCGACCUCUCGACCUCUGAUCAUGUUCAUUCAUGGCGGGGCCUAUAUGCUCGGCAACUCUCGUAUGAACUCGAACCUCCAGAUUACAGACUGCUUGUCUCGCGGAUGGAUCGUCGUUGCCCCGAACCACCGCCUAUGUCCCCAAGUAGACGUGCUCGAAGGCCCAAUCUCGGACUGUCGCCGUCUAUGGCAAUGGAUUCAUGCUGGGGAUCUCGACGGACUGCUUGGCGAACACGGGCACAACAUCACCGUCGAUCGUUCCAGGAUGGUCGUCAUCGGCACGUCCGCAGGGGGCAUGAUCGCCUACUCGCUCGCAUUCGCAGAUCAGCCCAAUCCUCCGCUCGCCAUCCUCGACUUUUAUGGCUCCAAGGAUCCUCGCAACUCGUUAUGGUCCGAGACUUUGCCUUUCAUCCCCGCUCCCCCAAUGCAGGCCGACACGAUCGACCGCGUCCUCGCCGAGACGCCUACUGCGACCAAACACUCGGUCUCCCUCGAAGGUCAGAAAUCUGACUCUCUACCUGACGCCCGUUUCACAUGGGCUAUGAACCUGAUCAAGACGGCUCGACUCUGGCCAACCAUCUAUCCUCGGGCCGUCACCGAUCCAUCUACGUAUGCUCUGAUCGAUAGCAUGCAAAAUGUCCACCCCAAACACCCUCCAACUUGUAUCAUCCACGGAGACGCCGAUAAGAUGGUCCCUCUGUCCAUCAGCCAGGGGCAAUACGACUUGCUCCAAGCCAACGGGAUCGAGAGCGAGCUCAUCGUGGUCCCUGGUGAAGGACAUACGUUUGCGGGCAAGAUGGAAAAGGGGAGUAGGACAUAUGAGAUUCAGCGACAGGGGUUCGAUUGGUUGGAGCGCAAGAUCAGGGAGGUCUAAUGUACGAGUAGGCCCGGGAGCAUCGUUAGUCGUUGUAAUCUCAAGCGAUUGUGGUACAUAUAUUCAAAUCAUGCCAGUCG